UUACAACCCGCCAAUGCAACUUAAAAAAACAAAAACAAAAAACGACGCACAAAACGAUCGGUGAAAUUUCAUCAAUAAACAAAUUUCGAAUUACAAUAUGUCGAGUGAUAUAGAAAAGCUAUUGAAGGGUUCACGACAAGAUAUAAAAAAUGCUGCGGAACAUAUCGAAACACAGUUUAAGGAAUUGAGAAAAGGCAGCAGCAAGGAUGCUGUUUACCGGGCGUUGCGACUGGAGUUGUUAGUGAUGCGGCAGAUAUGUUUAUUACUGCAGGAACAAAAGCAUGCCAAUGCGGAUAUCUAUUGCGAUAUAAUGACUACAAUGCUACCCGUAGAACCGCAGGAGGGACAAGCUCGACUGUGGAAGGCACAUUUGGACAGUGUGCGGUUUAUUCAUCAUCAUUUCGCCCAUCAAAAUCUCAAAGAGAGCCAAAGAUUCUACACGUUGAUAAAUCAAGAAGAGUGUCGGUUGCAAUCGGAAACGGACUACACAAUUUUUUUAGGCAUACAUCUCACUCACUUUGAGUAUCUACAGAAAUCCGCCAAAGUCGCUCCUUCACCUGCAUCAACUAUGGAGGAGAUUCAUUCAUGUGUCCAGAAUGUGGGUCACCUCUUUGAUGUUAUGCUUAAGGAAAAGCAUUUAAACUACAAUAAUCUGAUAGUACAAUUAAAUGAGCUAUUAUUGAUAAAACGUAGCUCCUCCUUUCAUAAAUCUCUAGCCACUUUGCCUCCACCAGUUCUCGAGAAGAUGGUGAAUCCCAUGCUGAAACUGCUCGCUAACCUCCAGCAAUGUCCACCUGAUUUCUCCGAGUAUUUGGGAGCAUUUCUGGCUUUAUUACAAAUUGAUUUACACUCACCCAAACAAUUGGAGCAGCAAUUUGGUUUGCAAUUGUUGCGAAUCUCUCGAGAUCUGUUCAAGACUCAGUCAACGCAAACCUAUGCCAUAGAAUUGCUAUAUUAUUAUGUGAAAUUGUUAUACCUAAAAGAGCCACUGGCAAAUUUUCAUAGCGUCUAUAUCGAUAUUUGUAAGAAAUUUGUAUGCUUCUUGGAUAGGAAGAUCACAGCCGAUCAGGCGAAAGAGCAAUGGUUUAUGGAUUUCAUAAUCACCAUGCAGCGAGUCCAAAUGCAUUUGAAUCAACUUGAUAGCAAGAAACCUAGUUUUCCCACAUUUUGGCAACAUUUCAAAGAGGAUGAGUCUGCGGAUUCAUAUGCUGGGCACUUUUUGCUCCUACAAACUUGCGUUCGCUUGGCUGUUAAUGUCCAGCGGAGUCCCUUGGCCGGUACAUGCAACAGUGAGGGCUGCAAAAGUGUCCGAAGGCAUUGCAUUAUCUCUCUAGUCAAUAGUGCUCUGUGCUCUUGCGCCACUUGGGAGCCAAAAGAGGCAGAUCGUAAAAAUAAGUCCUACCACAAACCUCUGGUGGAAAACUUAAUUUAUGGCAUGGAAAUAGCCAAAGAUAUGAAAUGUAUGGGUCCCGAUAGUCCAGAUCUAAUACGUUUUGUGCGUUUCUUAGCAUUUUUAAUUAGUAAGGUGGCCUGCACUGAACAGUGGUGUCUUAUCCAACCUCUGUUGGAGCCACUGAAGCCUCUGCUCUCCUUAACAGGAGCAGAAUACCUGCAUUAUCUCUUGCGACGUCUGGCCAAGGCGAGUUCAGCUUACUGCCCAAGGCCAGAAUUGGCCAUUUGCUUGCAAGCCACCUACAUAGCCAAUCAAACUAACGCUUUGACCAUGCGUUCACUAAUGUGUUUGCAGUAUCAAUCUGCAAAAUCGGGUCCCAUAGUGGACAAAUGUCUAUAUGAAUGGUACAAAUCGAAUCCCAUUGCCCAUCUCACUCGACUGACCGAAGCUCAACUUGAACAAUUCUAUGAUAUGAAUCUGUCGCUGAUUUUGCUACUAUUCUCAACACCACCCUCAAGCCUGGCACAGUCGUUAAUACGUUGCCGUCGCACUGAUUACCACUGGAUACUUAUUGCCCGUCAUAUGCGCUCGGACAAGGACAUGCUGGUCCAGUGUCAGGAGCUAUGCAACAAAUCCCGUCGUGCCACACUUACUGGCCAAAAGCUAAGCCGCAUGGAGAACUUAUGUGCGGGUCAUGCCAGUGCCCAUUUAUUGCUCGAUGCUUUGGAGGCCCAAAAAAUCAAAGCCUCCAUAAGGGAUAUCAAGGAGAUAGAGCUUGCUGCAUUUUUCAUUAAGAACAAUCUCAUGGAUUUCAAUAUACAACGCGAAAGUCGCUUGGUGGAGCUAUCAGUAAAUGUUAUCGAAUACUUUGGCGCAUUCUUCAGGAGGGCAGAUGCAGAACCAUUGGAAUCAAACGAAACAGCCAUUGACUGGGAGGCAUUGAUCGAUGAUGGGAUUACGGCUGCUGUCUCCCUAUCCAGUAUGGGCUACACGACUCAAGCGGAUAAUGCCUGGUUUUUGCUAUUGGAGAUUGGCAAAUUGCUUGAUGAUCGAUUUACCUAUUUGCGUGCUCUCACUUACUUCUUGUCAUUGAAUCGUCAUAGCCAUGUGUUCCGCCAGCUGCAAAUUGCCGAAGAGUUGGAAAAAUCCCAGGAAAUGCUCGAUGAUUUGUGGCCACAAGUGACCCAACGAUUCUACAAACGCCAUCAUACGAUUGUCAUGCUCUGCCUUUGCCACAUGGCCUAUUAUUAUGCCAAGAUCGAUUGCAAAUGCCAUGCCCAGUUGCUCAUUAUGCUGGUAGAGGAUCUCCGUGAGGAAUUUCCCGAAAGACAAGACAAAAAUGAUAUCGUUUUGAUUACACUACAAACAGUUAAAUUUCGCAUAGUAAAGCAUCAGAAGCAGUGCGAGAUUAUACCCAAAAUGUCGCCAUUGCGUCUUCUGGACACAGUGCAGGACAGCGUAUGCAAGUUCACACAUUUGUCCAGUGUCGAUAUGGGCGCACUGCAUUUGCUUCUCGGUGAUCUGGUCAAAGAGGGUACCGAAUGCACAUCUAAUCGCCUGACCGAACGUUUUUCCUUCUCCAACAUUAUGUUAAACGUGUCCAUUCAAAAUGGUCUGGCCUUUAGGGCUGUUGAGGUGUUAACAUCUUGGCUGUGGACUAAUCUGCAAAUGGAGGAUCUGGAUCGGGCCCAGGUAAAACUUAACCUAAUUGAACACAUAUUGGGCAUUAAGUCGCUAAGUAAAGAUCUUGACCAGCCGGUGGAAAAAGAAAUACAGAAAAGUAAUCUCAAAAAGAUUGCGGAUGAGUAUAUCAAGAGUCAAGCGGGGUCUAUGCCCAAAAAUCACAUAAUACCCAUGAUGCAGCAGGUGGAACCAAUAAGAAAACAAGUCUCAUUGGAAAUUGAGGACACUCCUCAUCAUCAUCAUCUGCUGAAGGAAACUCUGCCACCCUCGAAAUACCAAUUGCAAUGUUAUCUCAGUCGAUCUGAUAAGCUUUUGAUCCAAGAUUCCGAGCAGUUGCAGUAUAUAUACUUUACCAUCGGUUGCCUCCAUGCACGAUUGCUGUUCCUCAAGCGUGAAAAUUACGAGCAACUUGACUAUUUCUAUGAGCAGGCCAGCAUUUGGCUAAAAGAACAGCAAUCAAAGCAACAACAAUCCCUACAUAAUCUGCCGCUCAUGUUGCACAUGCAGAAUAUGAACUAUUUGCGUAAGAGAAAUAAAAUCCAAUUGGCCAUAGCCUAUGGCAAUGAAGCCCUCAAACUGACCUCUGAUCAACCGCAGCAUUAUUUAAUUGAUUUAAACUAUAGUCAUAAUCUGUUCUCCCAGCUAAUGGGAGCCUACUCGGAGUUAAGACCACCAUCACCUUUACCAGUAGCGAAAACAAAAAAGGUAUCGUUGAGACGUGCCUUGACUUUUAACAUUUCCCCAGAGGAGAAAUUGAAAUCCCUGAACACUUUGAACCCAAAAACACCAAAGUUUACCAUCUACUCGGAGCAGAAACAAUCGCUACCAUCUCCAGAGGGCGAGGACGAUCUCGAUACUUGCCAAAUAAUAGAGAUUGCAGACACAAGUGAUGAAGAGAAUGCUGUCCCCUUGAAGCCUACCAAAUCCGCUCCUCUUUCAGCGCGAAAAGGUCGUCUACCAACACGCACUCCAAUUAAACCACAGAGGAUGGAGGACAAAACUCCUGCCAAGACGGAAACCAAGCCAACAAGAAGUCGAAGUGCUAAACCACAAGAGGACAGCAACGAGAAGCUAUCAGCAAGAAACACACGCAGUCGAAGUGCGAAGCCGUCUAUUGAAAUCAGUGAAAAACCACCCAGCACUCGAUCACGUCGAAGGGUGAUGGGAGAACAGGGACAACAACUGGAGCCAAUAAGCUCGAGACGUCGAAAUAGAGAUUUAUAAAUCGCAUUAGUUUAUUCUUAUUUAAUUUGUAGUGUUACUUGUUUUUAUUUUAUAUUCGUCUGUUUUUGGAGAGGCAUAAGAGAACUUUUGCAUAUGUCGCCCAUCCAAUUGCCAAGUUGUACGCGUUGACCAGAACUGUCCAGAUGAUAGUAGAGGCCACUUCCAGAUUUGCAACCCUUCUCAAAUUCACCCACGUAGCGAUUACCAUUUGCUGUAAGAAAUUAAUUAAUCGAAUGGAAAAUGAUAUGUUGUGUUUAGUCUAAGAUAAUUGUUGUGUUUAAAAGAAUUAAUAGAAUUUCUUUAUAUGCCUAUAAAAAAUCACAAUAACCACCAAUAUGAAACGUACGUUUAG